AGAGGUGAGGGGGAGGACGACAUCGCCGCACCCCGAUAACGCCAUGGGAACACGAUACUUAGGAAAAUGGUGUGCGGCCUAAGGAUGACACUUAGCCUGCGUGUCAGCGGAGGGAAAUGAAAAUGGAAAGGGUAGAUGUGCGGGUGGAACUUGGGGAUAGGGGAAGCAUGAGGCGACCCGUCAGAACCAUGCGAUGUGUACCGCCUCCCUUUCUGGUGGAUGCGGUCUUCGGAACCCGAAGCAGGCUAGUACGGAUAUGCCAGUCCAUGACGAACCUCGGACUAUACCAGUGCGCCAGAGAAGACUUCUUUCGGUUGUUAGUAGAGAUGGGACCCUUUGAAGGGAAUUGGGUGGAGGAGCUGGCUGAGAUGCUGAACUGCCUUAGCGUUAACAAUGUUUUUGUCCCUAGCUCUGUGCAUUGGGGGAUAGUCUACAGAAAUGUGGCAGUAGGGGAGACAUUCCUGGAGGGGGUGAGGGAGUUGUUCUACAACGAAGAGGACGACUUCAAACUAGGCAGAAUGGCAACGGAGGAUGAGACGGAUAAUCGUAGGAGCGAAGGAGGGUCAGGGUUAGGAGGCAGUGUCAUGCAGAGCGAAGAGGGUCAGAAAGACAGAGAAUCGAUAAAUCCGGAUGGUAUCAAAGGGAACCGGAAGGAAAUCUCCUCGGGGGAAAGCUCGGGGAAAGUUGGCGGAAGCAGGCAAGGAACUCAGGAGACCAAGGAAGGCAGAAAUAAGGAUACGACAAGCCCCCGAAAUUCAGAAGAGGCUGUGUCUAAGAAAGUGAGGGUUACAGAUGCGAGGCGCAAAUUAGCGGAGAUAGAAAAAAGGAACGUGGAGUACAAGGCAAGAUUGAUCAAGGAAAUGAUGACUGGGAACGAAGAAGACCCUCUGCAGAAAGAACCGCGGGACGAACGGAGGACCGGUCGAGGCGGAAUCGGGCAAGGGGAUAAGGGUAGGGGAAUGUGGCGAGCCAUUAUCAUGCUCAAUGGGCUAGAGAUAGCGGUCGUAGAAGCUGAGCCGGUGGUCGAUAUCAUCUGGGAUCAACCUCGGGGACGCGGGGCGCAAGUCAACUUCAUUCUGGAAAACGAUGGACGCGAUAGGGUGAACGCGACUACUCGGCUAGGGACGGUUGGAAGAAGGAUUAUCCGUGACACCGUGAUGGAGGAGGUUGCUGGGAGCUCCGUACCCCAGGCAGAACCCGAGGCCGGGGAACCAGAGAAAGUCUAUCGGAAGCCUAGGGAAGAGGAACCUACAGACAAAGUUACCGCUGCUAAAGAGAAACUUAGAUAUCAAAUCCCGAUCUUAACCAUGCCUGAGAUCGAUGACACCCUUAGCAAAUUACUAGGAACCAUGGUAUCAGUGUCGUUUCAGACCAUGUUGCAGGCCAGCCCUAGGUUGCUCAAAGGGCUUAGACAAUUGUUCACUCGACGACGAGUAGAGAUAGACGAAAACCCCGAAUCGCCAGAAGGGGAAGGGGAGGAGGAAGUUUCGCAAGAGGUCGCUAACCUUCAAAGGAGUUGCGGGGAUUUGGAGGAUCUCGAGAAACUCUUUGCGGACAUCCGCCUGAGCUUGUCAGACCGAGAAGGUGGCGAGGUCAUGAGGUCACCUCCCGGGACAAAGCUCAACUUCCAUGUGCUACCUAUUGCUGAGCCUAUCCGGGCCAUGAUGAGAGCAGAAGGGACCAUGGAUUGGACGGAGGAGCGAGAACGAGUCGUCCAAACCCACAAGGACAUACUAACAUCGGAGCAAGUCGCCUUGUCGGCACCCUGCUUUAAUGACGAAGUGGGAUGGCCAUUCAUCCUACAAACGGAUGGAGGACCCUUGGCCGUAGGAGGCGUACUGAUUCAAAGGGAUGAGGAAGGAAAAGAGAGGUCAAUAAGGUUCGAAAGUAAAACCCUGAACUCCGCAGAACGGCGGUACUCACAGUUCAAGAAGGAGGUCCUAGCCAUCUUGCAUUGCCUCAAGACCUUCCAGGCCUACCUAUUUGGGAGGCGGUUCAUCCUUAGGAUCGAUCCGACGAAUGUUGCAGGGGCCUUAAAGAAUUACAGGCCUAUCGAUCCGACGGUGGGGAGAUGGGUAAGAUUUAUCUGGCAGUUCGAUUACAAAAUCGAAUGGAUUGCGGGAAUCAGAAACAAGGUCGAUGGGUUGAGUCGGGUCUGCAUCACUCCCGAAGGGGUGGAGGAUGCGGAGCCCAUAGACGCAUUCUUUGAAUACGAAGGAGGAACUCUUGAGGUGGACAAUGAAAUGAUGGGCGAAGAAUGCGCGUCGGGAGAGCUGUUGAUCCGGACUUUGGAGAAGGGGGCACCUGUCAUAGUAGCAGAACUUAGAGAAGGACCAGUCCCCACUCGAGGCCGCAAAGAGGAGAAAGAUUCGUGGGGAGCGAUAGUAGGACCGAAGGAGGAACUAAUAGCAAUGGUGGUUGAGGGAGGUCGGGAAGCCGUGAUGAACUCAGUGGAAUCUUGGGAAAGGAAGGAGUUGUGAUGGAUGAUAAACCAGAUGUAGGAAAGAAAGGAUGAGGACUAGGAAGGGAAGAAGUUUUUCUAUGCCCAGAUAUACGAAGGGAUCUUUCGGGAGACCGGAUUGUUGCUGGUAAGAAACAAACAACCCAUGGAAGUCAGCACUAAAGCAAGAGAGGAGGCGAAAAGGUUAGAUGAUGAUCUGCGAAUGACCACGGAAGAGUUAAUCGAGGCGAGGUGUCAACAAAUCCUUAAGAACGAA